ACGGGUGGAAGACAGCUUUUGCAAUACUCGGUUUGCAUGUGCCGAAAGUCAUCUGUCUUCUGAGUCAACACUCCCGGCCUGGUCAACACCCUGAUCAGGGCUCUGGUGAACAAGCUGUAGUUUUUCUAGGUUGCAAGCCUGCCUCUAUGGCAAUGCACGGUGUCCUGCACUAAAACCACUGAGCCCAGCAGCACCUCAUCUGCCUGUGAGUGGUUUGUUACCUCAUUCUGUAAGACUGGCACCAGCGGAGAUGCAGUCGCAGAGGAUCCCGGGGAGAAAGCGAGGCCGACCCCCACUCCACUCCACACCUGUGAAGAUGGCAGUCCAUAACCUUUAUUCUGCUUCUGCUGGCUCCUUACCAGCAGUGAAGAUGCCAAAGAAAAGAGGGCGGAAACCUGGGUACAAGCUCAAGUCGCGGGUGCUCAUGACUCCUUUAGCCCUCUCACCUCCGAGGAGUACUCCGGAGCCCGACCUCAGCUCCAUCCCUCAGGACGCAGCCACCAUACCCAGCUUGGCAGCCCCACAGGCUCUCACAGUCUGCCUCUACAUCAACAAGCAAGCCAACUCGGGGCCCUACCUGGAGAAGAGGAAGGUGCAGCAACUUCCUGAGCGCUUUGGGCCUGAGAAGCCGUCGGCGGUCCUGCAGCAGGCUGUCCAGGCGUGCAUCGACUGCGCCCACCAGCAAAAACUGGUCUUCUCCCUGGUCAAGCAGGGCUAUGGUGGCGAACUGGUGUCAGUCUCUGCUUCCUUUGAUGGAAAGCAGCACCUGCGGAGUCUGCCUGUGGUGAACAGCGUGGGUUACGUCCUCCGCUUCCUGGCCAAGCUGUGCCGCAGCCUCCUGUGUGAUGACCUUUUCAGCCACCAGCCCUUCCCUGGGACCUCCGAGAAGGCCCAGGAGCGAGAGGAAGGGUGGAUGGAGUCAGCCAAGACGGUCACCACCGAAGAGUGCCUGGUGAGCCCCGUAGCCAUGAACCGCUACAGUAUGGACCCCUCCACCUCCGCCUUUAGCCACAGGGGCUCCUUGCCAACCUCCUCCUCACUGUACUGCAAGAGGCUGAACUCUGGAGAAGGCCACCUUGGGGGAGGCCUUGCCAACACCACUAGUGGUUCCCAUACCAACCCUGUGUCCUCUGGAGGCUCCACAGCACCUGGACUGAGGCCCCCAGCCUCCAGCCCCAAGAGAAACGGAACCUCUCUUGAAGGAAACAGAUGUGCCUCCAACCCUUCUCCAGACAGCCAGGAUGCCAGACGGCCGAGGAGCAGAAACCCUUCCACCUGGACUGUGGAGGACGUGGUCUGGUUCGUGAGAGACGCCGACCCGCAGGCUCUGGGGCCUCACGUGGAGCUCUUCCGAAAGCACGAGAUUGACGGCAAUGCCCUAUUGUUGCUGAAGAGUGACAUGAUCAUGAAGUACCUCGGCCUGAAGCUAGGACCCGCGCUGAAACUCUGCUACCACAUUGACAAGCUGAAACAAGCCAAGUUCUGAAGAUCUUUAAAAGAUAAAAGGUGAACCCAAGACAACGAACUCAAGAUUAUCUUCUGCCUUACCAACAUCCAGCCAACAUCAUGAAAUAGAUUCUCUUCUUAGCAACCACAAUGACUUGGUCUUUUUUAUAAAAAGAGUGUAUCUUCGCCUUUUAAAAAAUUCUACCUGGCUCUUUUUAAAAGGUUCAUCUUUGUUAAUGAUUUGCCAAAAAUUUACCAAAAGCCUAUUAUUUUUUAACAUUCCUUGAUUUGUUGGUCGCUCUUAGAGUGGGUGCUAUCUGUACAAUGAGAGAGUAAGGAGAGCCCAGGAGGGUUCCAAAGAUGUGAGAAGAACUCGUCCCUGCAGGGACACCCACCACAGCACCACCUGCCUCUGUUCUCACCUGGGGACCCAUCAGUGUGAGCCUUGCUGGAUUCAGCUCUGAGGAUGAUUGCCUCACCUUGCACUAUCUGGAAAACUUGAAUUCUUUUACUUUCUGAAGGAGAAGGGGGGAAAAGAUCUUUUCUAUUCGCACUUAUCUGAAGUACUAUGUUGCCCCACUAGAGGGCAGACUGCUAAUGAAAUUUCAGGACCCUUGACUGCUGCCGAACUGCUUAUUCAGAACCCUGUGACUCACCGCCUAGGGUUUCUUUGAAGAAGAUCUAGCCUACACAGAAAUAGGGAAUUUAUCCCACAAUCAGACCCACAUAUUGCAGCUUGAGAAGAAAUUGUCAUCUAGAAAAUUCUAGUUCAUACCCAAGCAUUAUUGACUGACUGUACACAGCAGCAAAGGAAAGAAUUAGAAAGCACGCUCUGCACAGAUGGGGCUUUGGAAUCCCUUCCCUUCCAGAGUCCAUACUGAGGUGUUGAUGUGUUGUCACACUGAAGAAUCUUAGUGACAUUUAGCUAUGGAUGUUUCUUGAAAAAAGAAAAAGAAAAAUGUCUUAACUAAGCUUUGAAAAUGGAGAGUGUUGAUUUCUAGUUACAUUGCUAGAUUCUGUAGUUGUGUCUGUGGCUAAUUUUUCUAGUCCUCAACAAAUACACAGACACGCUGUUAUUUGGUUUAAUUCAAUUUACAAAUAGGUUUUCCUUCCUCACCAUGAAGUAAUAGAAAAAAAAUUGAUUUUCUACCCCUCUGCAGCUGUGUCCAGAGAAGGACAAUGAAUUCACAAUUUACUAGGCAGAAGGACAUCCUCUUUUCUUUGUAUCCUUCUUCUUUCUUCCUCUCUUUUCUUUUUUCUCACUGAAUAGGAAACAUAUCCUCAAAAUAAAUCCACCUUUUCGAUGGGCAUGUCCUCUUCCUUGAAAGAACAUCAAAAGCAUUGGAGAUGAAGAGGUGGAUAUUAGACCUUGCAAUUCCUGGGAGGAGGAGGUCAUGAGUAACUCAGGGCCUCCCUGGGUCCAAAUUUAAAUUAGAAAAGGCACACCUUCCUCCAGGAUGCAGCCUGAGAGGGGUCGCAGCUGGCAAAUGCAGCCAGGUGGGAUCUCAGCUCCCUCCCGCCUCCACCAGCUGCCCUUGUGCAGGACAGGACCUGUAUGGCUUUGAGGGCAGCCCUGGGUGGAUUUCCAUAAGGACUGUAUGAAUCAGAAUUUAGAUGAGGACCGUAAGAAAUAUUGCAUGCCACCUUAUAAGGCCCACUUUGCUGAGAAACACUGAGAAAGAACAUCAUAGCAAAAUCCUUUUUAAAAACACUAGUAGUGGCUAGAUAAUUUGACAGAGGGGAGGAAGAGAAGGUUCCAACCUCACCUAUGGAAUUGAGCUUUAUCAGACAGUGGAAGAACUUCAUGUAUGUUGGUUUCAGCACAUAACAAAACUGCCCCAAAUGAGGCCUUGGGAUAGAGCCUCUGGGAUGUUGAAGUGAAUAACAGACUCUGUCCCUUAAAAUUAUGUUAAUGCUAAGUGCUCACUCUGAAGUUGAUAACUUCCCUCAAGAAGUUGGGCAAUUGAUGUAUUCAGAAUUGCCAGUGUAAAAACAAGGAGAUCCAGAAAAAUCCCAUGACAACCCAGGUUCUUCACUUUUGUGGGUUUUGUCCAGCCUGUUUGUAUUUAUGGUGCCUCUUCUAUUGACAUGUGCUUCCUUUAGACUUUCACAUUAAGCUUUCAAAAUAUCCUACCCACCCUCAGCAGUGCCUCCCUGGCUACCAACACACAAACACGGGUGCCCUUGAGUUAAAAUCAGCUCCAAACAAUGUCAAAGAGAUAACCUGGGUAGUUUUCAAGGCGGAGAGAUGUUCCCAUCUCAAGCCUGGAAAAAAACUGGAACCAGGUUCCCAUGUAAUUGCUCUCACCCAGGUGCUGUCUCAUUUCGCAUGAAACUUUCAACAGGCCAGAUUGCUGAAGCCAUGAUAUUUAAGGUUUGACUUUUUAAAACUCUCACAACUCUUAAACUGAAUGCUGCCAUAUCAGAGAAGAACCUGGGAAGGAAAUUAUUCUUGCCUGUUUUUGUACUGAUAUGCAAUUAGCUGACCAAAUUAUUGUGGCAAUACGGCAAUUAUAAUUGAUUUUCAUCCCUCUCAAAAAUCUUGUCAAACCAGGCAGCUAAAUAGCUUCUCAAAUGUAAAACACACCAGACCAUUUUUCUAAACAGACCUUGCAGGGUCAGGCCAUGGGGGUCACACUGGCCCACAUGAAAGCUACUCGGGGCCCUCAAGUUGACAGAUACAGUAUUUGUUAUUCCAGGGCGGUAGCUUGCCUGCAGGUUGUAGUGAAUAAUGAUAUAGUUUUGCAUAAUUCCGAAUUAAAGUGUGUGUGUGUUCAUGUUCCAAACAUUUCCAAUUAUACUUGUCUGUUAAACACUUGAAAAAAAGUUGAGACAAUUCUAUUGCCUAAGGCAUUUUAAAUAUUUUAUGAAGCACAUUAUUCCCUUUGUGAAGACUUUAAGUAAAGGAUGUGGUGUGUGUGUGUGUGUGUGUGUGUGUGUCCUGCCCUUGUAGUCCAAAGAGCCUUAGGAAGUGGGAAUGUAUCAGUGAUUUGCAAUUGCUUGGGUUAGAAUGGCUCCCCAGCUUUGCAACAGAGGCAGAGUCCCUGAAGUCUUCCUGUGGCUGUUACUUCUAAGUGUGCCCUCUUAUGCCAGCAGGGUGCACCCUAGAGGCAGCUGGAUGACCAGAGUGGUUCUGGGGUUCUGGGCCUAUCCUCCUCAGGCAUCUGACUGGACAUGCCGUGCCUGGGCUUCAGGGUGACCAACUAGAGGCCUCAUGGGGGAUCCCCAGACAAGGGAGUCGUCUGCCUCAUUCAGGAUACUGGGUUUCCAUCAUUUCCCUUCAGCAAGCUGCCAAGGAUUUUUCCUUUCAACAGAAAUAAAGGAUUGAAGAACCCCUCAGGAGAACCACGUAUGAUAUUGAAUACGUUGGAAGGAAUACUGGGCUGAGGUUGGUUUGAUUAAAAAGGAAACCAGCAAAAAAGGACAAAACCAUACAUUUCUUGGGCAAACAAUAAAAACAGUUAUUUGAAUAGUCCCGAUCUGUGAUUUGACAAUAACCUAUUGUCAUAUUUAUGUGCUGUAUAGGAUGUUUCUUAUUUUUCUAAUUAAAAUUGUUUUUU